GCCAAUUAUCAACGACAAUAGACAUUUAUUUUGUCUAUAGUUAACAUGGCGGGUGAUGAAAGUGACAGUGAUCUGAAACCGUCCAGUGUAGCUAUAAUUAGAGAAGUAUAUGACAGUGAAAAUGCACAUAUUAAAUUUGAAAUGGAAUUGGAAAGAGCACUGGAGGCUGGAGUCAGUGUUAUCGUCAUUGAACCAGAACCACUUGGAGAAGAGACAGCUAGAUGGAUAUGUGUAGGAAAUCUUCUUCAUAAAGUUUCUGUUUACAGUGGACUGUGUAGCAUUACUUCAGGUAUUGUUUGGAGCUCACUGGCCUGCACUCCAUUUGGAGUAGUUUCAGUUCUAUGUGCUGGUUGUUAUACAUUAUCAUGGCAAUGGGAUCCCUGCUGUAAAUAUCAAGAAGAAAAAGAUCGCAGACAUUUGGCAACUCUGCCUGUUCUGAGUGAUCUUACAUCUGCAUCGCCAGUUGUCCUUGUACGCACAGAUAAUACAAGAAAAAUAUUAUUACAUAGCACUAUUUCUUUUAGCGCAGUUGCCAUCUGCCUGUGGCGAAUAUACAACAUUUUUAAAUAAAAUGUGUUAGGUAUAAUUUGAAUGCUUAAAAUCAGAAUAGGUGUUUUGUGCUUUACAAAAAUUAAAUUCUAUUCUAUGAUUGAAUUAAAAUAUUCUUAUGAUUAAAAUGUUUUAAUCAGUAAAGUAGAUUAAAAUAUUAGUUGUAGUAAGUUUCUUCUCAGCCUUGUGUAGAAAAUUGUUAUUAAAUAUGUUGUAUAAAAAAGGUUACAGUUAUUGUAUAUGUUAUUUAAUAUAGAAUUAGAUAAUUCCUGUACAAAGUAAUAUUUCUUUAUUCUUAAGGUUGCUUUAGGGAAAAGAGUUGUAACUGCAUUUUGUUGAAAUUACAUGAUACUUGUUAACAGUGGUAACAUGUUAAUAAGUGUCAAAGAAACAUAUCUUUUAUUUAGACCCAUAGAAAACUAUGUGAUCAAAUGAGUCUAUGCUUAUAAGAUUUUGUUUAAAAACAGCAUCCUUUGUAUUUAUAUUGUAACUAGCACUAGUAGGCUUAACUUUUCACAGAACUUUCCAGAUCUUUAUAUAUGCCACAGGCCACUUGUAUUUGCCAAAAUAGCAAAGCUGCCCAUUGACAUCUACAUAGUUGCAUUACGUACCUUUGACAGAGUAUUCGAGGUUAUUCUUGACAUUAUUUUGUUACUUUUUAUUUGCAUUUUGUUCGAGAAUGUGUUAUUUUAUAAAGUCAAAUUUCUGUUUUUGUUUACCGUUACAUAAAGGUAAUUAAGGGAUUAAUAACAAAUAACUUGUAUUCAUUUAUUUUAUUGCCAUUAUAUUUAUAACCAAAAAUGACAUCACCAGUAAGCUGUGCCCAUGCACUUUACACAAAUAAAAUCAGUGCUUACACCUUAUAAUUAUUCCAUUAUUUUCAUAUUUAAGAUAUAAUUAAAAUUAAUAGUGAACAUAAUCUUUAAAGAAAACAAAAUACAAUUUUUUUUUAUUUGGUUAGCAUUCACAGCUUCUUAACAUUUAUCACUAUUCCCUGACAAUGAAUAUAUUUUCUAUAAGAUCUACAAAUUCCACAUUAUGUUAGAAAAAUUCAAAGGUCAAUGAACAUCAUCCCAUCAAUAAAUUACUUAUUUUUU